AUGGUGCUGUUGAAGCACGUCCUCGUCGCUUUACCAGUAUAUCUGUUAAUUGCUGCUUCUCCUCCGAAAUCCGUUCUUAAAGAGCUUGAAAGGCGCUUCUCCAAUUUCUCUGGGGUGAAGCUGAGGGGGAUCAGAAGCUUCAUUGGAUUAGGUGGGGAGACCUAUGCCUUCCAGGUGAUGAGGGAGGGCUGGGAUUCCGGCACUUGGAGGAUAUUUACGAUGCUUUCUCCAUCAAGAAAUGGGACACUGGUGUCGAGACUGGACAGUGUCUCGGAUCAUCUAGUGGCUGAUUUUGUUAACAAUGGCACUUGGGACGUUCAGCUUAUACGGCAAUGGGUGCCGCCAGGGAUCGCCCGCGAGAUUGCUCAAGUUGAUCCGCCGAUGGGCCAGCUUCCUGAUCUGAUGGUAUGGAGACCUUCACAGCGGCUUCCGGUGGAUUGCUGUAUGUGGAAGUUUGGGUUUCAGGGGCCCUCCAAGUAUGGAUGUUGUCAACCCUCGGCGGUAGAAAUGGUAGACCAUGUGUUUGCUGGGAUUGAUGUGGCGUCACGGGUUUGGCACUUCUUCGGAGAUACAGUAGGUGUAUCUUCGAGGGGGUUGUCGUUUCGCGUAUGCAUGGCAGCAUGGUGGUAUGGUAAAAGGGGUAAUAGGUAUCCGGAGUUUGUUCAUCAUGUUCUUUCGCUUCAGAUCUGUUGGCACCUGUGGAAAGGCAGGAAUGCCAGGAAGUACGAUGGGACCCAUAUACAGGAGGAUAGGUUAUGCAGGUUGGUCUUCACCGAUCUCCUGGAAUUGUUUGCUUUAUUCUUCCCAAGCUGCAGGGCUCCGCGUUCCUCCUUUAAGCCUGUGAGGUGGGUUCGGCCUCUUCCUGGUGACUUCAAACUUAAUACAGACGGGUGUUCCAAGGGCAAUCCAGGUAUUAGUGGUAGUGGAGGGAUCCUUCGGGAUGGCGGCGGCAGAUUCUGUUUGGCUUUCUCAUGCCAUUUUGGGAAGCCAACCAGUUUACAGGCCGAAGCGCGAGCCUUUCUUGUUGGGGUAGAAAUGUGCGUCCAGGGAGGGUUUGACCUCUUCAAAGUUGAACUAGAUUCGCUCGUGUUAGUUAACAUUCUACUUGGAAAGGUUGGCUGUCCAUGGAGUAUCUAUAAGGAGGGGCAACAGUUGUUGGAUUUGAAAGAGCGGUUUCCACAGGUCUCCCAUUGUUUCCACCAAGCGAACCAGGUUGCUGAUGUCCUUUCGAAUGUAGGGUGCUCGCAUGAGGGGAAGGUGGUUUACACGUCUACCUCGUCGUUACCUUCGAUUGCUAGAGGCCCCAUGUGCCUAGAUAGGUUAGGGGUUCCAUCAAUUAAGAGGUUCCUGCAGGACUAG